AGGGAAGGAGGAAGGGGAAGGGGGAGGAGAAGAGCAGGAACAGCGCCCAGAGCCCGCCUGGCCUGAGCCCUUCUCCAGCCUGGAGGGCUUGUGCUGGAUCCCCGGAUCCCUUUCCGCACCCCUUUAGAGGCGAGACAACACCCUGAAGAAGGCCACUCCAAGAAGGGAAGGGCGAGGAGAGGGGAGGAAGGGAGGAUCUUCCCCCCCAGCAGAGCCAUCUGUAAGCAUUUCUCUCCUCCAAAGAGAUCAGCCUCUAAGCCUUGUGUUGUCUUCUUCCCUCCUCUGGGCUUCCAUGAUUGCUGUGAGUUUCUGGCCAUGUUCCGGAAGCAUUCUCUCCUGACAUUUCACCCACAUCUAUGGCAGGCAUCCUCAGAGGUUGUGCGGUCUGUUGGAAACUAGGAGCUUGGUUUUGUCCCGCUGCAGAGAAGGUUGUGGAGGCUUUUGAGCUACACAGAAGCCUUCCCCAGGCUUCAGAACAUCAAAGCUUGUGCAUCGUCUUGGGCUGCUUUGGAUCAAAGCAGUUUUACCCUGAUGAAAAUCCCUUUGGAUGGUGCGGCCUGAAAUGCUCCUCUCUUCGUGCUCUUCUCCCCGAAGGAUGGGCCUCCAUGCUCCAGCUUGAACGCGGCACGACCCACAAGUGGGAACCGGGCCUCUUGCCAAGGGGAUUCCUAAGGGGGUUCCUCCAACCGGGGCUAAUGGAAGGUUGCUAUGGUUAUUUUCCCAUCCGUCUGGACAGUUAGGGAAAGCCUCUCCGCUUGGUUCUAUAACAAGCAGCUUUUGUGGAAUUGCUGGAGAACAGGGUGCUGACACUGCCCCGUGAAUCGUCUCGGUUUCGCCCCAUGUGCACAAAAUGGUACAGCUAAAGUCGAAUGGGUUUCUGAAGCUGACAGCACCCUAGCAUUCCUGAAGGUCCGAACAACUUCUUUGGGCAGAUUCUUCACGACGGAAAACCUUUGUGUUUGUUGAGCCUUGCCUGGCUUUGGCAUCUCCGAUGCGCCUCCGUUUUGCUGUGGAUUACAGGCUGCUGUGGCUUGGUGAUGGCAACUUAGUGUUUUGACACUGAAACUGGACGGCGGGGGUUUCCUAGCAUCUGGCUCAGGAUUUAUACUCAGUUUCUUCCUUCUCUACCUCACGCGCUGCUGUGAAACACAAAAAAGAUUAAACAUUUUCCAAAAGCAGUUAUCAAAAAUGACAAGUCUGUUCCGGCGGAGCAGCAGCAAUGGCAGCUCGAGGAGCAGCUCUUCCGCCCAGGAACUUAACAACAGCCGCCCGGCCAGACAGGUGCGGCGGCUGGAGUUUAACCAGGCCAUGGAGGAUUUCAAGACCAUGUUCCCCAAUAUGGAUUACGACAUCAUUGAAUGUGUUUUGAGGGCGAACAACGGGGCGGUGGAUGCCACCAUCGACCAGCUGUUGCAGAUGAACCUGGAUGGCAGCGGGUGCGAAGACAGCUCCGACUCGGAUGACAGCAUUCCUCCCGAGAUUUUGGAACGGACUCUGGAACCCGACAGUUCAGAUGAAGAGCCUCCUCCGGUUUACUCUCCCCCUUCCUAUGACAUGCACAUCUUCGACAGGAAGUACCCGCAGGCCCCACCAACGCCGCCCCCCAGGAUUGAUAUCCAGAGUUCAAGUGGGCCUCCAGCACAACGCCGGUACCGGAACUGGAACCCGCCGUUGUUAGGCAACCUUCCCGAUGACUUCCUUCGCAUCUUACCCCAACAGAUGGACAAAGUGCAGAGUUCCCAGGGUGGCCAUCAAACCACCAAAAGCCCCGGAAGUCAGCGGAGCCAAGGCGCUUUGGACCAGGAGAGGAAAUGGAAGCAGUAUCUCGAAGACGAGCGGAUUGCGCUCUUCCUCCAGAAUGAGGAAUUCAUGAAGGAGCUUCAACGGAACCGGGAUUUUCUCCUGGCCCUCGAAAGAGAUCGCUUGAGGUACGAGUCAAAGAAAUCCAAGAUGAACAGUGUGGCUGUCAGCAGUGAUGUCUGUUUCUCCUCUGUAAUAUCUGACGAUGUCGUUCGCUCCUUAACCGGCGUCUCCAGUGGUGCUGUCUCCGAAGAUGCCUUAUUCAGGGACAAAUUGAAACACAUGGGAAAAUCGACACGCAAGAAACUCUUUGAGCUUGCCAGAGCUUUCUCAGAGAAGACCAAGAUGAGGAAGUCGAAAAGAAAACAGCUGUUAAAGCAUCAGGUGAUGGGGACAGCCGCUUCCACGGCUAAUCUGCUUGAUGAUGUUGAAGGACAUUCGUGUGAUGAAGACCACCAAGCCAGAAGACAACCACUGCCAGUUGAGGAAGAAACAUCGAAAGAAGUGCAGUGAGGGCACGAUGGGUCAUGUGAGAUCCUAAGCUGGCAGCUGAAAAGGAAGAUAAGCCAAGUCAGCGGCAAAUUGCAAAGGCGUCUGAGGCAAAAAAAAGGUGUUUCUCAGGCUGAGGCUGCCUUCCAGCCCUGGAGUUGUCGAAGUAUCCGCUUUGUAUAAGGCACACAAAAACGAAUUCUGGCUUGUGGGUUUCUUUUCCCCUUUCUUCUUCCUCGGUAUGAAGAAUCCAGCCGAAAAGGGGGUUGGGAGCAGACAUGACGUUGCCAUCUGAGCUGGGUUUCCUUUUUCUUUUUUUUCCUAUGUUUCUUUUUUGCCGUUGGAGGAUGGAUUUUAAACUCCGACCGAUACGUUGAGGCCCGUGCUUUCUUUGUCGGGAUGUAUACGUGAAAAAGAACAAGGAUGUUUAACUGUCCCAAACCACCUCUUCUCUUUUGCUAACAGAUGUACAGGCCCUGGGUCAAGGUACAGGACGACCGCAACGUUUUGUUUGUAGGGUUGAUAAUGUUUUUAUAAUUUUUAUGAUGACUGUAUGACUCUUGCUGCUCAUAGAAAAAAAGAAGCCCAAAUCAAGAUCACACCUAGCUGUCUCUUGUUUCGAAAUAAUAUAAGCUCUCUACCAUUUUGUGGGGUGAAGGUUAUAUUAUUUUCGUUCAACCCCACCCAUUGCUUUGCUGUGAGUGCUUUCCUAAUGUCACGUUCCUUGUAUUGCUAAAAAGACAAGAGGUGGUGUAUAAUAGAGGGUCAUAUUCUCAAUAUAGUCCCAUUUGUGGUUUUGUGAAUCGAGGCGCCUUGUGGCAGAAUGGCCGCGAGAGCCUCGGCGAUGUCCCAUGCUGUGUUGAAAGGCUGGUAUCAUACCCUCCAACGGGGCUCAUCUGGGAUAUUAACCCUCUGCCUUCCCACUGUUUCAAUGUCCCGGUUUCUCUUGCCUUCUCCCAUUUCCCCCCUUUCUCAUCAGCCUAGUUCAUUUGCUGCAGACGUAAGUAGGGUAUACACUGUAGGCCUCUUCUGCGUGGUACCAAAAUUUCCAAAUGUUAACCUAGUUGUAUGUGAUGGAAUCGUAUGUGAAAGAAACACUUGCAUGAGAGUCCUGUGAGGGAAUUAGGGGCGGGUGGGCAUUGGGUUGGCUUGGAUUGGAAUGACCUGCAUGCGGUUUGUGUUAGAGAUCGGAUACCCCCCCCCCCCCAAACCGGUAAUCACAGUGGUUUUUGUUCAACAAUGGUUGGAACAUUGAACUAUGGGAAGCUGAAAUGUUCUAUCAGAGGCACAGGCACCUUGGUAGCUGGGGCCAGAGCUGCCACUCUGGCUUGCAAGGCUUGCAGCUGUUGUUCCAGUUGCUGAAGAUUGGCCAUGGAGACUGGUAUCAGCAAGGAUUUAUUUGGGGGUCAGUGCAAACUGUCGCACCUCAGGCUAAGUUCACCUUGCUAUAGAUACCCAGUCAAACACACAGGUAGUCUUUUGAAGUUUUUAUUAAGCAAAGCAGAAUAUAAAUCAAGCAAUCAAAAGGUAGUUCAAAGUUGUAGUGAUAGAGUCAAUAGGUCCAAGAGAUUCACAAAGUACAUAAAUGUCUAUUAAUCCAAAAGGGCUAGUUCCAUAGGUUCAAAGAGCAUAGCAGGAACAAUAAUCCAUAAGGCAAAGAAUUAGUCCAUAGAGUCCAAAGCACAAGAUCCAAGAAUCCAAGAUAAUCCACAAGGUGAAGAAUUAGUCCAUAAAGUCCAAGAACAAGGUCCAAGAACGCUGGCUAGGUAGAACUGCCACACAGAUGAAGCGAUGAAAUUGCACUGACAAAGAAUAGUCUGUGAAAGCAUGCUUUAAUAACAACUUAGGAAUGCAUUCCUCUUCCCACAGCUAGAUUCACGUUUGCGCGCCAAACGCUCACUUCUACGGACCUGGGAACCCAUCCAAGACAAACGGUCCUCUCUAGAUAACUCCUCGUUAUCUUGCACCUGGUCAGAAGCUAAACCGUCAUCCUCAUUAUUUUCCAAGGUUGAAGUCUCUCCCUCAAUAUUUCUCAUGUCAGCUUGACCGUUAUCUGUUUCUCCUGGAAUCAGCAGCUCAUCCUGCAACUGCAUGUCUGAGCUAACUUCUGCCUCAGACUGCUGAUCUUGAAUCCCAAAUCCAGAAUCCCCAGAAUCCCCUCCAUCUUCAUCUAGAAUCUGGCCAGCCUGUGGCUGGGAUGCAACAGUAUGAUGGCCUUCCAAGUGUAGCAUCUUGGCAGUGGAUACAUAAGUGACUGUGGAGCUCCAUUCUUGACCCGCAUGUUCUUCCACAGCGAGGACCCAGUCAGGGUUGGCUUCCUCUUGGCACGUUUCUCCCUUUCGCCCUCUUCAAAUUCCACAGCACAGCUGGUCACAGCUGACCUCCAGUUAGAGCACUCAAGGGCUUCCCAGUUCUCUCUGUGUGUCUAUGCCAGUUUUUAAGGUUUGCUUUAAGCCCAUCUUUCAAUCUCUCUUCCUGUGUACCAACAUUCUGUUUUCUGUUCUUGAGUUCUCUGCUUUGGGAGAUGGUAUUCGAGCAUCCGGACAAUGUGGCUCAUCCAGCGGGGUUGAUGGCGCAGGAGCAUCGCUCCAGUGCUGGUGGUCUUUGCUUCUUCCAGCACGCUGACAUUUGUCCACCUUUCUUCCCAAGAGAUUUUCAGGAUUUUUUAGAGGCAACACUGAUGGAAUAGUUCCGGGAGUUGAGUGUGACGUUUGAAGAUAGUCCAGGUUUUGCAGGCGUAGAACAGGGUUAGGAAAACAAUAGCUUUAUAAACAAGCACCUUGGUAUCCCUGCGGAUGUCUCGAUCCUCAAACACUUCAUUUGGGAAAAUGCUGCACUCGCAGAGCUCAGGCGGUGUUGUAUUUCAGUGUCAAUGUUGACUUUUGUGGAGCGGAAAUGGUCAACAAUUCCUAACAUUACUCCAUUAAUUUGUAUCUCUGGCAUUGCAGAUGGUUUGGCUGGUGACUACUGGUAGAGCACUUUGGUUUUCUCGGUGUUUAAUGAUAGGCCGAGCUUCUUGUAUGCUUCUGCAAAUGUAUUGAGAGUGGCUUGUAGAUCUUCUUCUGAAUGUGCACAGACUAUGUUAUCAACGGCAUAUUGGAGUUCUAUAACAUCCUCAAACACUCUCUGCUUCAUUCGGGAAAAUGCUGCACUCGCAGAGCUCAGGCGGUGCUGUACUUCAGUGUCAAUGUUGACUUUUGUGGAGAGGUGGCUGCCAAGGGAGCAGAAAUGGUCUACAUUUUCUAAUGUUGUAUUUCUGGCAUUUCAAAGGGAUUGGCUAGUGACUGAUGGUUUUCUCGAUGUUCAAUGAGAGGCCGAGCUUCCCGUAUUCUUCUGCAAAGGUGUUUAGAAUGGUUUGUUAGUCUUCUUCUGAAUGUGCACAGACGACGUUAUCAUCGGCAUAUUGGAGUUCUAUAACAGAUGUUGUCGUGACCUUGGUUUUGGCUUUCAGUUAAAGUCACAUAGCUGUCUGAUGAUUUCCCCUCAACAGCUUCCCAUCAACAAGAUGAGUAACCACUCAGGUGGAAAUCUUUUUAAAGUAUGGCACAUUUAUAGUUAUCCCCGCCCCCCCAAAAAAGUCAGUUUUGAAUCCCAGUCUAAUGUUGCUUGGCCACACAUAUCCUAGAGUUUUUCUAUGACAUGUUGGAGGGUAUGAAACCAGCAACACUUACUUAGAGAUCAGUCAAGAAUAGGACGGGAGGAGGAGAAAAAUAAAAACCUUUCAGCUGGGUUCGUCGCCUAUCAGACAUGCAGACUGAACCUGCCCAGGUGGAGAUAUUCCUUCUUUCCAGUCUAUUUCGAUUCUUUGCAUUUUAAAGGCCUCAAACCCACGUGGUUUCUUCAAUCGAACAAUGUACAAUCCUCAAUAAUGUUCACAUUGGGGAAAAAGUGGUGUGUUUUUUUAAAUAAGGAGACGAACCAACAAAAAAAAGGAGUCGAACUAACUCCUGUGACGUUUGUGAGUGUUGCUAUUUUAGAAUUUAUUUCCAUACAUACAUUUUUCCCUUAAAGAUGUUUAAUAGUGAUUCAUAUAAUAAAAUUCCCGUUGUACUCUCUUAA